AUGCGAUUCAUUGUGAUCUGUGUGGCUUUAUUGGGGCUCUUUGGAGCAGCCAAAGCAGUUGACGUGGUGGCCUAUAAUGAUGGGCAGCCUGGUUGUUUCAUUCGUUACGAGUUUACGCGGUUGUGGCGCAACAACUUCGAUCAGCACGCGUUUUGGCGCUGUGAAAGAUGGGGAGAGGGCGCUGUGAGACAUGAAUGUCCGCCAUUCACCAGUUUCCAAGACUUUUGGCAAACUUGCCUUCCAAAUGAUGUAUGGGAAUGGACGCCGUACAGUGACCCGCCGACAAGACCGGAUGAGGAAAUCUUGGAUCAGUGUGAGCCUAUCGAGAACCCGACGCCUUGUCCCACUAAUCCUCCGAUAACGACACCGACACCUGAUUGGAACACGACGACUACAGAUGAAGGAGAAUGGAACACAACGACUACAGACGGAGGAGAAUGGAACACAACGACUACAGAUGGAGGAGAAUGGAAUAUGACGACUACAGAUUCAGGAGAAUGGAAUACGACAACAACAGAUUCGGGAGAAUGGAACACAACGACUACAGAUGGAGGAGAAUGGAACACAACGACUACAGAUUCAGGAGAAUGGAACACGACGACUACAGAUGGAGGAGAAUGGAACACAACAACUACAGAUUCAGGAGAAUGGAACACGACAACAACAGAUGGAGGAGAAUGGAACACGACACAAACGCCUGAUUUUAGCACAAGUCCAAACGAAAAUGAAAGCACACCUGAUCCAACAACGACAACUCCGGGUUCAUCUUGUCCUACUUGCCCUCCCACUUGUCCCACCUGUCCUCCUGAAACCACGACGCCUUCGAUACCUACGCCGCCUGAAGAGGGAGAAACCCCUAAGCAACUCUGUCCAGGAGCUGAGCCACAUCAAUACGUGCCUGGCAACCAUAGCUGCACGGCUCCGACAUGCACUUAUGAUCAAUGGCUCGAUGGAACUCUCUACCCAACCUUAAGUCCUGUAGAGUUCUACCAAUGCGGACCAGAGGGUUAUCUGUAUACAAUGCCCUGCGCCCCUGGCACAUGCUUCAGCUAUGAUCACCAAGUGUGCGUGCACUUCAGGGAUUGGGUUUAUCAAUGUGAAGUUUUAAUGGUGCCGGAUCCACUGUAUUAAGCAGAAAAUAAAAAAAAACAGCAUCAAAAAGAAAAGAUCUGUGCGAGACAUGUUAAGCAAACCUAUAUUAAGUAUACGAUUUUUUGUAAUAAAAAAAAUUAAGAUAAACACAAGCAUAGCUUACCUAUGA